AUGAGUCUUCGCAUCAACCAACUCGACGUGCGCUGCGAGACUAAAACGAAGGACAACGUGUUCGUGACGGUCGUCGCGUCGAUUCAGUAUCAAGCCAUCCGCGAGCAAGUCGAAGACGCGUUCUACCGCCUCGCCGAUCCGCAGGCGCAAAUUCGCUCCUACGUUUUUGACGGUACGCGCACAGAAUUGCGCUUUGCGUUUCCCUGUCUUCCCUCCUUCCCCACCUCCAUCCCCCCUCCUCGCCCCCUCUUCCCCUCCUCUCCGGUUCGUGUGCCUCGUGUUCUCUUCGUGCGGAGCAAUGCUCCAAAGAAGGCGCUCGACGACGCUUUUUCCAGCGUACCCAAGAUGGAACUCGACGAGGUGUUCAUAUCCAAGAACGAGAUCGCGCAAAACGUGGAAAAGGAGCUUGAAAAGGCCAUGCACGACUAUGGCUACCGCAUCGUGCAGACGCUGAUAGUGGACGUGGAGCCGGACGAGCGAGUCAAGGUCGCCAUGAACGAGAUCAACGCAGCCCAGCGCAUUCGGCAGGCGACGCAGGAGAAGGCGGAGGCGGAGAAAAUUCUGCAGGUCAAGAAGGCGGAGGGCGACGCCGAGGCUAAGUACCUCGCUGGCGUGGGUGUGGCUCGGCAGCGACAGGCCAUUGUGGAUGGGCUGCGAGAGAGCGUGAUGGGAUUCUCCUCGCAGGUUCCUGGAACCACCGCCAAGGACGUGCUUGACAUGGUGAUGCUGACUCAGUACUUUGACACAAUGAGGGACAUCGGAGCCAACAACAAGUCUUCCACUAUUUUCAUUCCACAUGGGCCAGGAAACGUGGGUGAUAUUUCCGCACAAAUAAGGGAUGGCCUCACUCAAAGUAUUGUGGCCUCCAAGAAUGUGUAA